GCGGGAUUAAUCUGGCGUGUUGUUUAUUAUUAUUAAUUUAUGUGUUUAUUGUUUUUGCAUCAAGGAGCAGUUCCCACGCCCCUAGCCCAGGACGAGUUUAGCGGGAGCUGUUGAUAUCCAGCCUCAGCUCAGCUGCUGUCGUCCGUCUCCCUUCUCCCUCCACCAAACUCUCUCCACUCUCUUCCUCCGGCUCGUCGCCACUCCCUUUCCACCGUUGUUAUUUUUCUGGAUCUUCCUCUCCUCUCCUCUCCUCUCCUCUCCUCUCUACUCUCUCCUCUACCACCUUUCGUGCCUCGCUGCCUUUUUGCCGUUCUCUUGCCCAUUGACCUCAUUUAGCUCUCCGUAUCUGUCGCUAUCACUAUCACCGCUCGCCCGCCCGGCCCCAACAAACUUCCGGGUAGCCAAUCACCAAAUCACUCCACUCUCUCUAUAUUUUACUUGCCGCUUGCUCCUACCGCGUCUCCUCCAGCUACAUUACCUUACCCCCGCUCAAUGUGAUAUUAUGUGAUGGAUCUGUGUUCUCCCAGACCGACGACGACGACGAGGCUGCCAGCUGGGCGUCUUCUCCGUGCUUGACCGCGUGCGCCCACCCGUGUAAUCAGGGGAAGAAAUGGAACAUGUGUCAACGCUCUGUGCAAUUGGCACAGUUGGAAUCGCCGCCACGGGAUUCGCCCUGGGCAGGAACGAGGCGAGCCAACCACAACCCCAACCGCGGCCCCCUUCCAAGCGACGACGUUCUAUAUUUCGACACAGCUAUUCCUCCCCGUUAGCCCGUGUACUGGAUGUGUCGUCGUCCCCGAUCGACACAGUGCCUACUCGUACAUCUCCCAGCACCCGAAGGCCAGCCACUUCCCAUGUUCUGCUUUCCAAGCAAGUCGACGAUUUCUCAGCGGGCAGACUAGAUACAGCGCAUCCCGCGAAUGAGAAACCACUAGAAGCUCCAAAGACUCGUCCUCGUCGUCGAACUUAUGUGGCUCCCCCACCUUUGUCUCUUGGACAUGGUGAUCACUCUACAGAUGAUCCUCUAAUAUCUUCGCCUACCGGAAGACCAUCUUCAUCUUGGUUACAGCGUCUCUCAAUAAUAUCCUCUUCUCAAAACGACAGUCAGCUGUCAGGUUCGCAGCCAGGCUCACCAUCUCUCAAUGGGUCCACCAGUCCCUUCUUCUCUUCUCCUUUCCGUGCGGAUCAUCCACCCCCCAAUAAAUUGGUAAAACGACCGAGGUCGCAGCGGGGCCUAAAAAAUUCCCAAUCACAGGCGACGCAAUCGGGAUCUGUCGCAGCGCCCGCUCCACUGCUACGACGGCCAGCAACUAGUCACCAGAGACUCGCAAAUAUGAGGCAACGGUCGUCAACUGACAGUCGCGUGCAAUUGGGGCCUCCCUAUUCUCCUCUUCAUUCUCCCAAUCAAACACCCGCAGAAACAUUCGACCGAGCAGAUGGAACCUGGAGACCAUACUUCCGGUCAGAAUAUCCUUCUUUCCCGGAGAUUAGACGACGUUCAUCCGCGAGACAUAGAGAUAGAGCUCGCUCCCCUCGUCGACUCGUACCCGAGCCUGGUGUCGCACCUACAUUACUUCUUGCAACUUGCAUACCGCGUGAUACCCCCAAUCAUACUUAUAGAUCUGAGGAUAAUAUACCGUGGAUGUCUAAAGUUCAACGUCCACAGACUAGAGCUUCUAUUAAUUUCGAUGACACCACCCUUGUUGAUCCCUUUACUCAGCCUAUACCAAUAAGUGAGCGGAAGCCGCGACAGUCCUUGUCUGUUAGUGAAAUAAAGACCGGAACUUCACCAGGUUCGUGGAAACUCUCAACCACGAAAAGUCUGGGUCGGCAUCGUGGGUUUUCGUUUUCCAAGGAACGCACCAUAGAAGCUAGUUCUCCCUUAGACGAGCUAGCCGUCAAACUUGAUGGGCUUAAUGUAAACUCAUCGAAGCUUCGGAAAAGAAAACCAGUCACGAACACAGAUCCGUUCAGGCGUCGAUCAUCUUCUUCACAAACAGAGUUUACUCCUCACCAACUUGACACGAUAAACUCAGAAAACAACUCCCCCAAAUCUCGCCUCCGCCGACGCCCUCAGUUUUCAGAACUUCGUGCUGAGCUCUCCCCUGAACCGAUCUGCUGUGACCUAACUUUAGACUCCAGAUCCAGGUCAUCGUCUGGGGAACAGUCAUCUAAUCCUUCUGGAAACACAUUUUCUUUCUUCUCCAGUCGCCCCAAAAGCCAAAGACUUUCUGCGGCUACAUCUGAUCCAGCUUCUACCUUGGUUGGCUCGGACAAUGACACACGAAUAUUCAGCUCUGGGGAAGAAGAUGAGACUGAUUUCCAGAGCGAUACAGUUUUUGACUCGUUUCCUACGCAUGUUGGGAUGGGCAACCCUGCAGGUCACCGCGGUCCACGUAUCGAAACGAUAUUUGACCAGCCAUCACCAUCGGAACUUGCCAACGAGAAAAUCAAGGUUCUUGAAAACCUAACUUCUGACGCAGUUUCGACACAAUUAAGCGCACUCCAUCGUGAUGAUGAUGAUGAUGAUGAUGACCUUAAUAAUCCCGAAAAUCCCACAUUAUCUAGUACUGAACCCCCAAUCUUACUUCCCACCAAAGAGUCUAUACAGAAACCCGAUUUUUCAGUGCUGGCUUCUGCCAAAAGUGCCGAUGAUUGCCCAAUUGAAUGGACUAGUCUAGAUGAUAUAGAACCUAUGGACGACGGGGACCAACAAUUGCCAUCCCAUCCUGGAUCGGACUCUAACCCUUCGCCUCUCCAAGGUUUAAUGGUGCUUCGGCCAAGGAUAGAUCGACCUCAUUCAUCGAUUACGCUUAACGAAAUAUCUGGUAGAGAAGCGCGACUUUCGCUUUUCGACUGGUCAGAGCAACAACGCAGCGAUAAAGACGUACAGAGCUCAGAGUCUCGCCCCAAAACGGUUCAUGGCAAACAAGCUCCUGACACACGCGGGGGUCGCACUGUGACGCGCCGUGGUGCCAGUGCUGUGCACCUUAGAAGCCAAAGUGUACCAAUUUCCCGUGAGCCAUCCCUCUCAAAGAAACCUCACCAAUCCAGCCCGAAAUUCGGUACGUGGGGCUUGGGGAAUAAAGGUGUGAGCGAGGACUGGGAUGGAGACUUUGAGUUCGAGGAUUCCGAUAAACCAGAUGGGUCGAAAGGCAAUGAUAUACAGUUAAACCAAAUGCCAUCCAACCAAGGCAUGAGGGUACCUAAGGCCAUCAUGGAGCGUCAAGCUAGUGUUCAUGGCCAGUUUGGGCAUGUUCAAGAAUUAACAUUAUUAGUGGAGGAACUCAAACGUCUUCACGCCCGCGCUGGUGCGCUAAAUAUUCUCGAUGGCCCGUCUGCCGAGUUGUGGAGGGAAGCUAAGGGCAUUAUUAGUCUGGCUACUCUAGAGGAUGACGAGGAAGAAGAGGGAAACUAUAUCCCCCAGCACCAACUGCCAUCACCUGCUUUUAGUGUCGAAGACUUAGAUGACGAUUUCUUUUCUAAUGGACCAACGAAUGACCAAUCUGGCCGCACGAGUAAUGAUACUCACCGAUCACCGCUCUCUGAGAAGAUAAACCCGAAUCCCAGUGUAAACCCGCCUACUCGACCGAGAACAGACUCUUCAUUGAAAGCCAAAUUCGUUCUCGACACGAUACACCAGCAGCGCGGUCUCCAAGAUCCCGGGUACCUUGGAUCCAGCACAGACCCGCCUCAAAAGCUACCGUUUGACACGCAGUCACUGCGGGACCUUGUUAUUCGAGCGGGGGUUGUUACGCGGUCUCUCAAGGAAAUUGUCCGCAAGGCUGAGGGGGUGUGCGUAGGUUCCGAAGCUGAAACCAAUUGUCACCCUCAAGACCCUCCAUUUAGCCAAAUGUUUACGCGGCCGCUCAGCGGUGCUGAGUCUAGUUGUUGUCUUCCAGAUUUGGCCCGAUCAAACCACACAAAUGGAUAUCGGAGUAUUGCCGCCGCUGCUGGCACAACGCCGAAUGAAAAUGAUGGCUGUGAACGUAUGACAAUGAUGACCGUUGUAUGAACCCCCUAAAAGAAUUCACGUCACGUCACGUUUUGUUUGUUUGAAUGAAUACGAAAGAAGUCAACGUUUUGGGAACUCCCCAAAUCCCUUACUAUGCACUGAAUGAAUAAUUUUUUGAGCCUUGUUUACUUUUACUUUUUUUUUUUUUUUAAGUUUUCUUUCUGACAAGCUUGUGUUUGGUCACUCAUUAAUUUCCUAUUUAAUAAUAUCUUUUGUUUCUUGGUCUUUCUCGUUUAGGGAUUCCUACUUUCUCGCUCCUGGUUGGAUUUCUUUCUGUACGGGUACACUGGGUUUUCAUUUUCCGUUUCUUUUCCUUCUCACGGAUUUGUCAUGGGGAUACACACUUUGCAAGUUAUGUUUUUGGCGUUCCCCCCCGAGCCCCCCCUGGUGCUUCCUGCUUUUGUUUCGUUUUCUUGUCUCCUUUUUCUCUUUCCCUCCUCGUCCCUUCUAUUCGUCAUGUUAGUUGAUUUUCUUCUCUUGAUUAUUUCUCUCUCGUCUUGUCCUAAAGCCUAACUGAAACAUAGCUUUCUUCAUGUCAGACCACGGCCCAUAAGAGCAAGGAAAUUGCAGAAGAAACACCGAAGAAAGAUGAUGACAAUUAAAACGCGGGAAAAAAGCCUUUUUCUUUUUUAAUCUUUUGAUGUAUGACGCACGGUAAUAUGAGUACGGAGGAACUUUCCUUCCGUUAUCUUCGUUUUCUCUUUUUUCGGUUUCUUUUAUCCGAUCGACUACCCUUAUGAAGGAGGUCCCGAUUGAAAUGGGGUAGACAGGUAUAUUUUGUAGGGUUUAGAUGUUCCCUUUCUUCACAUCACACAGCUUAUUUCUUCCACCCUCAAACCCAACUACAUAGUAGAGUUCCUACUUAGUAGGUUUACUACUGUUGGUGCUACUUCGAAGAUUUUCUUUUUCUUUCGUUUUCUUUCCUUUCCCCUGCGAGUGUGCGAUAAAACAUCUAUUGAGUUUUGGCUGGGUUUUUUUUUUUUUUUUUUUUUUUU